AUGUCGGAAAUGAAAGGAACACAGGCGUAUAGUGCAAAGGUGUCCUCCAUAGCUAAGCUGAGCUCACUGCUGAUGGAUGAGGAUUCAUACUUGUGUGUUUUGUACUCUGUUGCAAUGAGUAUUUGUUGUAAUAUCAUUCUGUACCUGAAAAGGAAAAAGAAAUUCAGGAAACUCAAAAAACAGAUUCAGUCCAAGACAUACAUUAAAUAUGAAGAACCGGAAGCUCCUGUUGAAUUUGGUGGUCAGUAUGAUGCAAAACCGAGUCUGGAUAUGAAUAUUUCCCCAAAACUUGUGCAAAACAUGGAUUUUAACAUGUCUGGAAUUACCACAAUGGACUUGAGUACAGAAGAGCUCUGUGAGAAGGGAGAUAAUCAGCAGACAGAUAAAGGUGAUGGUGAUUCUGCAAUUGCAAAUCAGGUUGUGGAUAUGGAUGUAUCUGAUACCAAUCUGCCAGAGACGAAAACAAAGUCAUUUCUUAUGUCAGUGCCUCUGGAUGAUGGUUCAAUGGACAGUGGAAAAAUGACGGAUAGUGUCAUGAGUAUGUCUACCACCAGUAGUGUACAGGGGUCAACUAGCUCUGGCAAAAAGAGUCCAAGCACUGAAAAAUCAGGCCAGCAGUUUAUAUCCUAUGGAAGAACAUACGUGAUUGUUAACGGAAAGAUGGUUGUCGACGCUGCAAAGAGAGAUAAGGAACGAGAGAGGGAAGAUCGGAUAAGGGCACAGAGGGAAAAAUUGGCAGAGGAAAGACAGAAGAAAAUAGAGGAGAUGAGAGAACAGCAACGUCUGGCUCAAGAAAAACGUGAACGUCAACUUGAUUUACGUCGCCUCAAAAUUGAAGAACUAAGGCGACGUGAUGAGGAACGACGAAUGGCAGUAGAGGACAGACGAAGAAAAAGAGAUGAAACAGAGCAGGCCAGAAAAGAGUCCAUUAUUCAAAAGUCACAGGAACGCAUUACCCGUUACGAGCAGUGGAAGGCGAGUGGUAGAAAAGGUGGGCGAGUCUUGGUGUACGGGUUUGGCAGCCGUACACCUAGAGAAGUGUGUCAGCCAGUAGAUCGACGACGAUCAUCGUCUCAUAGUGCGCUUAUACGUCGCUCUCCUAACGGGUCUGACUCGGACUCGUGGCGACCCCAGCGUCGGGCCGUGUCCGCCUGCAGCACGGUCAGGCGGCACUGCUGUAUUGAUAUUAAUCGCCUCACUGGCUAUCCAGGAUCUAGUCCUCCUUCCAAACUCCUGUCUGCGUCAACAGGGGCCCUCUUUCACUCGUCUAAGCGUGAUUUCUCCUCGAGUGGCAAUCUCAGUGUUCGGGGUAGACCGGCUGAGUCUCUCCUGGUGUUAAACUCAAUACCUGAGGCAGGUCCCACGAAGAGAAGUCGCUCUUUUCUAGCACCAAGCGGCACUCCCCCUACCCGUCCUAAGAGCACUAUGAACCUAAGCACCAGGGAGAAUGUCCGACUGAGGGACCCAAAGACAACCCCAAGGAAACCUCGACCAGCCAGUAUAGCAGGAUCUGUACCAAGCUUCAUCUCUGUAGAAAGUCCUAAGGGAGCCUCACGAAGCAAGAGCACAGACAGACUAGCCAGAGAUCGCCAGAAGACACCUUCAAGAUCAACUCCCAAACGAGAGAAAGACGAACAAAACCUACAGGAGAAAAAGGACAAGAGAGGAAGCAGUGUUGAUAUAAAAAAACUCACAGAAAAAAGGAAGGCAGAGCUUCAGAAAUUGGCAGACAAGAAAAAAGAAUCAAAGGACAGUCAGGAAAGUGACCAUGAGAAGACACCUGAGAGAUCAACAGAACGGUCAUCAGCUCGGGUCAGUCAGCAGACGAUUGACCGCCUGUCAACGCCCAGGAUUGCCAUGUACAAGAAUGAGACACCAGUCAAGACGGAAACUGUGAAGGACCGGGCGACGCCUACAAGAGAACGGGCUGCCACACCUACCAAGGGAACAAAGAAAUCUGUUACAAUUGUAGCUCCCCAUUCUUCUCCUAGGAAGACAAAAACACCUAAACAAAAGGACAAAGAAAAUAAAGAACCUUUGAAAAGGAAAUCCACAAGUAAGGAGAGCAGUAAUGAGGCUCUAGACAGUCCCAGAUCCUCCCCAAAGACUAUUGAGGAUAGGAAAGUGGAGAGCCCCGCCCAGCCAGGGGAAGGAGAGCCUGCUAAGGUUACAACACCACGGUCUGUGUCCCCAGCCUCGUCCAAGUCAGAGGAUGAGGAGAAAUCUGCUCCAAUUCAAAAGAAAACUCCUGAAAAGGUUGUGAAGAUUGUAGAGCCAAUGAAGAUAAAACCCCAGCAACUCCAGCACAGAGUAAACCAAGCGCACCUUCUACCCCGGACUCCCGCCUCUGCCCCCAAGUCAAAGAAGGAAAUAGAAAUGGAUGAAUACAAGGCCAAAUUGGCAGAAAAACGAAGACAAGCUAGAGAGAAAGCAGAGAAGGAAGCAGAGUUAGAGAGACAAAGGUUGGAGGAGAUCAGACUGGCAGAGGAGGAACGUCAACGUCAGGAGGAGGAGGAACAGCUUCGUAUGGAGGAGGAAGCCAGCAGAUUGGCUCAAGAAGCUAGGAAGAAUGAGGAGGAGAGACUGAGGAAGGCCAUCGAGGCAGAGGAGCUCCGAAAGAAGGAGGAGGCUGAUCGCCUUGAACAGGAAAGGAAACAGAAAGAAGAGGCUGACAGAAAAGCCAAAGAGGAUGCAGAAAGAUUGGAAAAAGAAAAACAAGAAAAGGCCAAAAAGGAUGAAGAGGAGAGACUAGAAAGAAAGAAGCGACUGGAGAUGAUCAUGAAGAGAGUAAAGUCAGACUCCCCAAUGACCGGAUCCAUGACUUCCUCCAUGAUUGGUACCAACAGCUCAAUGUCCGGAUCACAGAUCGGCUCCAUGACUGGGUCUAUGUCUAGCUCCAUGAUCUUGAUUGGUUCUGACAAGGGAGAUUCUCCAUAUCAAUCUCUAUCAAACUCCCCAAGCAAGAACAGUCUUCAAUCCAAUGAGGGUGGAGAAGACAGUGCUGAUGAGGCCAAUGGACUAGAUGAUAAGUCUGACGACAAGGCCAAGACAUUGCUACAACCUGCCACUGACAUGCCAAAAUUCAAGUCACCUCUUUUACAGAAACUUGUGGAAAAUAAAUCUCAGAAUGGUGGCAGCGAGACUCCCAAAUUUAAGUCACCCUUGCUGCAAAAUCUGAUGGGUAAAAAGAGGCUUGGCAUGGAUAAGACGGAGGACAAGACUAAUGAUAUAACAACCAAUGGGAACAAGCAAGAGGAGCCAGUGGAACAAAUGGAUGAGAGCAGUAGUGAGAGAGUGACAGGGGAAAAGGGACAAAUAGACUCUUUGGUGAUAGCAGACAAUGAGAGUGAUCGAAGUGAAUCAAGAAAUUCCAAGUCGGACGGAAGUGUAGAUAGUGACACAAGUACUACCAAGGAUGUAUCAAUAGCAGAACAAAAGUUAGGUUCAAACUCUGUGAUAAUUAAAACUGAAGUGUCUUCGUCGUCACUGAAUGGUGUAUCUCAGAAUGGAGAGAUGGAGCAGUACCCACAGGAACUAGUAGACUCUAGUAUUAGUAUGAGAACUGCCGACUCAUCCCUAGGAACAUCUUCAGACCAGUCACUAGGAGGGAGCCUGGUGGAUUCGCAGACUAUAUCCACAUCUGUGGAACAGGUUUCUACGGCCACAGACAGUGGAUCCACAGAGCCUAACAGUGAAUUUGAAGAUUUUAUAGACCUGAGUGUUACCAAUAAAAACUUUGAGGUGAAGGCACAGCAGUCGCUAUUCGCCCACCAGACGACGGAUGACUUACUGAACCUCAACACUAACAGUAUUGACACUAGCCUGGAUAAUAUCAGCUCUGACUCCCAUCCUAAGCCUAUAAUUGCCUUUGAAGACAAUGCAGCCCGGAGACAGGAAGUUACAGACUUCUUGUCUUGAGGUCUCCUACAACAGUGUAGUGACCAACGGUGUCUCCAAAGACACAGACGAUUCCUCACACCAACAUGAUGCUGCAUCUUCGUCUCCAGUCGGUGACAGCAGCAACAAUGAACUAGUUGGUGGGCUGGUGGCGCCACCUAGCCCCGUUGAACCACAAAGCUUAGGUGACAGUGAUCAGAUCAUUGUGACAAUGCACCAAGCUAAAACCAAUGGUGUGGAAUCUGAAAACUCUAUACAUCUGGACAGAAGUCCUGAAGCUAAGUCACAGUUGGAUCAAAUGUGGCAGCAACUUGAGGUGGCAAUGGUGCAAAGCCAUGAUCAUGUCCGUGGACAGCUCCAAGAAUUCGGAAUUGGUGAAGGAGAAGAAGAUUCGGAGUCAGAAGAAGGUCAAAUGUGGAGAAUUGUUCAGGGUGAUUCUCCCUAUACUAUACAGCUAGUGUGAGGCUGGGGGUGUGGCACUCCCUGUAAUGUGGAAUAUUCUCCUGAUAGUACAGAAACAAAAAUGAAUUUACUGUAAAUUAUGAUUUUAAAAUCCAUUCUAACUUUUAUCCAUGGUCCCCAAGGGGCUGGCAUCUAUCAAUGAGGUCAAACAGCCAUUCAAUUUCAGAGCCUUUUUUUCGGGAUGGGCCUAGCAUAGCAAGUACAAUGAAUAAAAUGCUGGGCCAUCAUAUAAAGGGUUCCAAAAAUGUACACCAAUUGCGAGCGUUGUGAAAACCUUGAAUUGCAAAAAGUUCAUUGCUUUCUAUAUUUAUUCUUGAAUCAAAAUAUUGGGCUUGUUAUUCUAUGUCCAAUUUUUUUUUUUUUUUACAAAUUUUUAAUGCUCAAAAAUGUUAUUUAUCUCUAAUUUAGUUACUCAUUGAGAGUCAGCUGGCCUGAUAAGAUGUCAUAUAUUUAAAAAAAACAUAUUAGUUCUCAGAAUUUUGUUGAGAAUACUUUUUCAUUUUAUUCAUAUAUUGAUUAACAAUUCUUUGCAUGUAAUAUGAGAAACUUUCUCCUCUCUACAUAAUAGAAAAAUGAAAGUUGCAACUCAAGGGGAACAACUCUAGAUACAAGGCAUCAAUGCUGUAUGUCCUGGAAUUUUGGUGUGGCUAAAUUUAUUCAAUCAUUAAAGAUUACUAUUAACCAAAGGGAUUUAUGAUUCAGGAUUUGUAAUAUGUACUUAGAUAUCAGGAAAAAUGUCAAAUAAUCCUUAUUCUGUUUAAAAUUUUGAAAUAUUAAUUUGAGAGUUUUUGAGCAUAAAUAUUUCAUCAGAUGCGUCAAUCAAAAGUUCAGGACAGUACAGUUCAGCAAGACAUCCUUACUUGCAAGGAUAUCAUGGGGAUGCCAGAACACCCAAUCUCUUUCCUCCGAUGUUUGCCUUGUUUUAUAUGUCUCAAGGGAAGCAUCACCUGGGGAUGAAGAGAAACAUCUUUUAACAACACAAAGGGAGAACCCCAUAAUAGAGGUUAUACAAAUUACAUUUCAACUCUGGGAAAGGAGAGAGUUAUGGAUGAACUUUAUAAGUUUAAAGCUCUGAAUUGUAAGGAAAACAUGCAGUUGAAUAAUGCUGAAGAUAAGUAACUCUUAAAUUCAUUGAUAUGUUUGAAUAAAGAACAUGUACAUGUGCAUCUUAGUAUCUAGAUUCGAAAAUAUGAUCAUAUAAUGGCAUAUUUUAAUAUUUAUCUUAGUGAAAGUGCAGGAAUAUGAAGAAAAUUCUGGAAACUGUGUUCUCACUUCAAAGCUGCCACAUUAGAUCUGCUGUGAAAUACGAGUAUGAAAAAAUUGUGAUAAAGCUUUAGUGAACUAACUGUGAAAAGCCUGUCCAGCAAUAGUUGUACAUGUAGUUGAUGUGUGUAAAUGCUUUGAAUGAAGUAAAAAUGUGAUGAUGUUAAAUGCAUUCUACAGAAUAGAACAAAAUGGAAUAGAUAUCUUGCAUCAUAUGCAUAUGUUCAUAAACAUAAGUUACUAUAAUUAAUUUUAUUAUUAAAAUGUAUUUAUAUAAAUUAUGUGUAUACUGCAUUUAUGAAUUAAAUACAUUGAGAAGAUUAGUGCAUGAGUUUGUAUAUUGGCGCUGCAGUACAUAUUGUCGUUAUUGUUGGACAUGUAAAGGCAUUAACAUUACUUGGUCAAUUGUACAUCUAGUCCAACUAUUCACCCAAAUUGAUGUGCCAGUGACAUGCAUGGAAGAUAAGUUAAUAUUGUGGCUUUAGUGUUCUCUAAUGAUUUCAGAUAUAAUAAAAUCAUUUUACAAUGCCAGUGCUUUUUUCCCAAUGAGAAAAUAGUGUUCUAUGAAGUGAAUAUCUUUUUUACAUUUGUUAAAAUGUUAAUGUGUGGGAACCAGUGUUGUGAAUUAACAGGAAAAAAGGAAAUUAUUUUACACUUUUGCACUGCAUAUUUUAUGUUGUUAUUAAAUCAAUGUUAUUCAAACAAAUGCUUUUUUCCCUUCAAUUUUCCACUUGCCAAUUUUUUUUAUAAGGGCAUGAUGUUAUGGUUUAAAAUAUGAAUUAGGACUGAUAACACACGUGAAUACAGUGUUGUGUGCUGGAAAUGUGAUAGGUGAUAUGUAAAUAGCUUUGUUGUAUGAAGCUACACAUGUGAUAUGCUAAAUUAAAUCUUCAUUCCAUUGUCCGUGCUUUGCCUGUCCAAAAUAUAAAAUACAAAACCCCAAAAAAUAUAUUAAUUUUCUUACCUUGAAGCACCAAUUUUGAAAGAAAGUUCAAAAGUUGUAAAUAAAUUAAGACAGAAAUUGAUAAUAAGGUGGGUUUUUUUUGUUUUUUUUUGUUAGUUUUUUUCAAAUGCUUUUGAUAACAUUUUCAUUACCUCAAAGAUUUUGUGUCAAAUAAUUUAAACAAAGUUUUGUAUUUUUCACUGUCCUCAAAACAUUAAUUUUGAGUGACUUAAAUUGACUACCUUUAAGUUUGAUUAUUAUUUACGUGAAAUUAAAAUUGAUCACACUCCAUGUUUCACUUCAAAUCAUUGUUUAAAUCUAAUUAGAUAAAAUGAUUAUAAUUAACAUAUGAAACAUUUGUUUUUAAUCCUCACCAUUAUUUAUUAUAUCUUUAUGAAUGAUCUGAAGCUUUUAAGAGAACAGGUAACUGGUGGUGUUGUGUUAGAAUUAAGGAGAAAGUGAUAUCACAAAUUGGUUAUGUAAUUUCAACAAUUUCAUGAGUUGAAGAACACUGUCUUUCAUGGAACAUAAUAUUUUGUUGUGACCUAAGCUAUAUUUAAGAUGCUGGUGCUUUAUUUCUGUAGAGUUGUCUACCUUUCUUAAUCUGGAAAAUGAUGGUAAAUACUUUUCCUUUAUCAUUUCCAUGGAAUAUUCUCUUAAAAUUUUUAUCAUUUAAUUAGAUACUCAUGAGGUAAAUUAUAAAUUAAACCUUUUUAUUAUUAUUCAGUACUCACAUACUUUGUGUUGAGACGAAAAAAAUCAAAUAUAUUACUCCUGUUUCCUUAAAAAUCAAUAAACUAAAAUAACCUCACAGAAGAUUUAUUUUAAUAAAAAAAAAAGAAGAGAGAAAUCUGUUAUCCAGAUUUUGUGUCAAUCAUUUCGUUUCUGUGUGUGGGUGAAAAGUACAUUGCAUUAUACUGUUAAUAAUUUCAAAAAGUUAAAAUUUUGCCUAUACAUAUUACUCCUUCAUGUUUCUGUAUAGUUACAAUGUAUAAUGGUAACUGGCCGUUAUUGGUGAUUAUUUCUGAUUUAUCAGAGUCCCGUGGAUGUUUGUGAAGGACAAGAUGUACCAUUACAUCCAGUAGGUACUUGACUAUUCUGCAAAGCGUCAGUUGUCCAAAUGUUUUAAUACUAUUGAUAAUACCAAUAUGGAAUAAACAUAUUGAAAAACAUGACA